UCGGAUUAAGAAUUAAUAUAAUGGUAGUAUAACAAAAUGGAUAAAAUGUAUGAAAUGUAUAAAAAGAAUUUGCGGUUGGUAACCUUUGAUGUUUCGUAACCUUGGUUAAGAGUAUUACAAAUGCGCAUGCGCUUGGAUACUGUCUCAAAGUAGUGAAUCGUUGUAAUGUUGUUAGCUGGUUUGUGCGCCUUUUUUUAACGUUGGUGAAGUGAGAAAAAUAUAACGUAGUUUAAUCCUUUAUAUUUUAUAACAGUGUAAUAAGAUCUCGUAUAGUUUUAAGAAAAAAUAUGGUUAACACAAUGAGAUUACCUCUUGGUUCACAAUGUGUCAAAUAUCUCAUGUUCAUCUUCAAUCUACUUUUUGUUAUUACGGGUGUAAUUUUGUUAGUCAUUGGCAUUAUGAUCCAUGGAAUUUAUCACAAUUAUGAACAUUUCCUGGAUAAUAAAUUUUUAUCAGUUCCUUCCUUGUUGAUUGCGAUCGGUGCAAUUAUCUUCUUAAUUGCCUUUUUCGGAUGUUGCGGCGCUGUUCGUGAAAAUUAUUGCAUGAUCAUUACGUUUACGUCGUUGCUGGUCAUCGUUUUUAUUUUGGAGCUCGCAGGUGGCAUAUCCGGAUACGUUUUGAGAGCCAGGGCGUCGUCGAUUAUUCAAGAUAAAAUGAAGGAUUCAAUGAAAUUAUAUGAAAAUAGUACAGAGAUACAAUAUAUUUGGAAUAAUCUUCAGACCGAUUUCCAUUGUUGUGGAAUCAAAAACGCGUCUGAUUGGACAAGUAGUUUGAACAAACCAGUUCUUCCUUCAUCAUGUUGUGAUGAAGUCAGUAUGAAUACCGAGACAGAUUGUACUCUUGACUCUAAAACACUGCACGGAGGUUGUUAUAAUAAGUUUGCUUCCGUCAUUAAGUCUCACGCUUUGCAACUUGGUGGUUUUGGUAUUGGCAUUGCUUUCGUUCAGGCAAUAGGAAUCUGGUUCUCAAUUUUCCUAGCAAAGUCGAUUAAAAACAGUUACGAGGUCGUAUAAAAUUUUUCAAGGAUUUAAAAAUACAUUACAUAUAUGACCAUGCAUAUAUGACAGAUAUUUUUAACUGGAUAAAGAUUAUAAACGAAAACGUUGAAAAUGUUAAAAAGAAUGUUAAGAAAAUAUUUAUCGUAAAAAAGGUAUUCUCUAUAAGACUUACUAUUAUAAAAUUAAGAAGCUGUUGGGUGUGAUAUUAUAUUGCAAUGUAAACAGGGUAUCCAGCAAAAUUCAAAUACCUAAACAUCUUUUUUAUUUCUAGUGUUAUUGGGAAGUGUUUAAUACAACAUCUAAACUGUUUAAAAAAGGAACGUGCUAGCUGAAAAAAUGUCCU